GAUAACAACUGGAAUAGAAGAAGAAGAAGAAGAAAGAAGAAGAUAAGCCUGUAAAAGAAUUUAAUCAGUGGCAGAAAUAAACUUAAAUUAAGACAAAACAAUAAGAUACGCACGUUUCCAUUUCAAUAAAAUAACCUUUGCUUUCUUCAGAAACGACUGAAAGCUUCCAUCUUUUUUUUUUUUUUGGGUUUGGUUUGGUGUGGGAAGAAGAGCCAAAAAGUUCUCUUCUUUGAAUUUAUUGAGCAUUGGGGUUGCUGCAGUUUCUCUCCGAAGUCAACCUAGUUUGGCUUUGUAUUUUUAUGAAAUCUUCAUAAAUUUUUUUUGAAUUACUGAUUUUUUUUUUUUACUAUGCAUGAGGUUCUGAUUGACUGUGAAAUCUUUUGGCAAUAGAUUCAAUCUCAUUUAUUUUUCUGCAAUUUGGUAGAUAUAUUGCCUUUCUUCAGAAUUUCCCUUCUCUCCCCAUUAAUAUCUAGCCUUCAAAAUUUCUCAUUCAAUUCUAACUCUCUCUCUCUCCUUCGCAAAUUGGAGUUGGGAUUUUUCCUAUUCGAGCAGAAGGAAAUAAAGACCACCAUUAAUUGGUUCUACAUCGGAAAGAGCUUUUGAAUCCCAGCUAAAUGAGUUUUAGCUUACGGAAAGAGCUUUUGGGUCGCAUACUUGAAGCCUAAAGCCGCAAUCUUGGUAAGUUGUUGAUAGACAAAAUUAUGGGGUGGGUUCUUUUUGAAAUUAAGCUUUCUCCUCCACAGCAACCCUACUUUCUCUCUCAGCCACCUCCUGCUCCAGAAAAUCUUCAGGCAGAUACUUUUGAUUUGAACAGCAAGGUCAGUCCAAGCAUACUGCUUAUCAUUAUAAUUCUAGCUAUAAUUUUCUUCAUUUCUGGGUUGCUUCACCUUCUAGUAAGGUUUUUACUGAGACCCCCGAGCAGCAGCCGGGAGGAUUCAGAUAACGUGACUGCUCUACAAGGGCAGUUGCAGCAAUUAUUCCAUCUCCAUGAUGCUGGUGUUGACCAAUCCUUUAUAGACACCCUCCCGGUCUUUCACUAUAAAGCUAUUAUAGGAUCCAAGAACCCAUUUGAUUGUGCUGUUUGCUUGUGUGAAUUUGAACCAGAGGAUAAGCUCAGAUUGUUGCCUAAAUGUAGCCAUGCUUUUCAUAUGGAGUGUAUAGAUACAUGGCUCUUGUCUCACUCCACUUGCCCCUUGUGUAGAGCUAGUUUGCUCCCAGAUUUCUCUCCCAACAAUAGUUGUUCCCCCAUUGUUUUUGUUCUUGAAUCUGGAAGUGAGAGCUCCAGAGAGAUUUUGGGUGAUAGAGAUAGCGGUCUUGCCAGAACCAGUUCAGUGAUUAGGAAUAAUUCCAUUCUGUGUUUUCGUGGGGAUAAUGAAUUGGGAUCGUCCCACAUCGAUUUCACACAAAAAUCAUGUGAAAUUAUUGCAAAAGAAGAUGUUACUACUACUCCACCUACUCUGAUGGUUGAUUCAGAGGAAAAGGUUGUUCCUGUAAAGUUAGGGAAAUUCAGGAAUGUUGAUGGUGGUGACGGCAGCAGUAGCAGCAAUGUUGAUACAAGAAGGUGUUUUUCCAUGGGGUCUUUUGAGUAUGUAAUGGAUGAGAAUUCUUUCUUGCAAGUUCCCAUAAGAACUCCAAUGAAGAAAAAACAGACUACCAAGAAGCCUCAUUUGCCAUUGACACCUGGCCACAAGCUUGCUAUGUCCGAGUGUGAUUGUGAAUCAAGAAGAGAAUUUAGUGGAUUUGAAGCAAUGACAAGCGUCGGGGUAAUAAAGGGGAAUGCUAGUAUUGAGAGGAGCAAAAGAGAAAGUUUUUCAAUAUCGAAAAUUUGGCUACAGGGAAAGAAAGAAAAGCAGAACUCAGCUGAGGACACAGCGAGGAGGGCCUUCUCUUUUCGAUUCCCAAUUCAGCGGAGUGUUGUCCCUGCAGAUGAAGAUAUGAAGGUGAAGAGUGGAAAGAAUAAUUCUGAGAUAGGAAGUGGUAGGUGGGUAAAUGAAGGCAACAGUGAAAUCGGUUUUGAUGAGGAAAACCAGAGCUGCAACAGCUUGGAUUCCCAGGCAAAAACACCUUCUUUUGCAAGGAAGACUUUGCUUUGGCUUGUUGGAAGACAAAACAAGGUUGUUCAUUCUUCCUUUUCUCCCCAUGUCUAGUCCCUUUGAUUCUUUUGUUAGCUAGGGAAGUUAACAUUUUAUUCUCAAAGGAAAAUUUGGUUGUAAGAAAUGAAAGAAGAGAAAGGGAAUCAAUACUAAAAUCCCUGCAUUUUGCAGUUCAA